AUGUCUCAACCUCCUCUGAGUAUGGGUGUGAACGCCGUCAACUCUGAGAGCAAGGUUGCUAUGAAUCCAAUGACACCCAACCUUAUGAACCAAGCCACAACUGUGCCGCAACAGCAGCCCACACCUGGUCAGUUCCUACAGAAUAUUCAGGCGAAUAUGAAUGCUCUUCAGCGUCAAUGGGCGAUGGUGAACGCACAACCAGAUGGGCCUAAUAAGACGGCAGCACAACAGUAUCUUACUGGUCAGAUGCGCCGCCUCAUGGCGAUGAAUGAAUCAACUAUGGCAACUGUGCGAAAUGCCGCGGGGGACGCAAGUCACUCCAUGGGUUCACCCAUGACUCAGAUACCUCCCACCUCAACCUUUGUAUCUAACCAGGCACCUGCUAAUAUGGUUGUGCCCCCACAGAUGCAAAUGCAAAUGCAUAUGCAAACCCAACCAUCUCCAUCGUUGAUGCCACAAGGGAGUGUGCAACGGCUUGCAACGCAGAUGAUGGCACCGAAUGCACCGAUGCAAACCUUCACUGGUGUGCAGCAGCAAGUACAGCAGCCGCAGCAGACACAGCCGCAGCAGGUGCAGUCACAGUCAUACCAAGCGUCAGCUUCCCUAGGGAUUCCUUCUAUAUCUUCUAAUCCACCUCAUUCAUUAACUGAUAUCAAGCAUACUAUGGCGCACAACACUUCGCCUCAGAUGGCAUCCUCCCCUCAAUUUCAAAGUAAUAUGGGAACACAAGCGCCCCCUCAGCACGAUUUUCCAUCUGCUGUCCGUCUCUUCAUGUCACAAAGAGGAAUUAAUUUGCCUGUGGACUGGGCGACACCUUUCGUUGGGCCUGCAGCAGUUGGUGCACCCGGUGAAACAAGGUCCAUUGAUUUGCAACGCCUUUUUAUGAAAGUUAUGUCACUGGGUGGAUCUGAGCAAGUCUUUUCGAUCCCAAAUGGCUGGUCCCUUGUGGCACAACAAUUGGAGUUAGCAGUAGGCUCCCCUGGUGAGCCACCUAUGCCGGGUGCCAUCAUCAAACCCAGCGAGGUGCCGGGUCGGCUGGCUGCGUACUACACGCAACGACUAUCUCUAUUUGAAAAAUCCUGGAUGGCUACGCAGCAGCACGCCCUGCAGAGUAACGCGGGCACACCAAUUGCGUCGAACGCUCCGACAAUGGGUGCAAUGUCGUCUAUGACCAAUACAAUGGCAACGCCUACUAGAAUCGGGGCAGAAAAUCGUGCCGAAACACCUUCUGUGCACGAAGCAGCGACCGGAGAACGUGCGCCUUCUGUGGGACCGCCCCCUGUGGCACCUGCCACCAAUGCAGCAACUCCAUUGAACCCGUUUGCCAACAUGGAUCCUGCUCAAGUACAGUUUGCGGUGGGGAAGCAUUUUAGUCAGUUGCAGACACUUGUUUCUUCCGGACAGAUGGCGCCGCAGGUGGCUAUGGCACGCUACACAGCAAUCCAACAAGCACUGCAGGCGUACCAUGCGAACCGUGCGAACAAGGAUUCGGGGAUGAACAUUCCUUCUACCUGGGCUAAUACAGUGUCCUCACCACCGGUGCCUAGAACCAGUGUGGUAGGGGCAAAUGUGCCGCUUCCUCCGAUUAUGCAGCCAGCCAGUGUGACCCAGCCAUCUAUCCCUCACCUCAGCCAACUACGCAGCCAACAGGCGUCAUGUCGCCAGUAG